AUGGCUUCCUUUCGAUUCGAUGAAGAUGAUGACUCCCAAGAGGUGACUUUGAACUUCCUAGAUUUUAGUAAAUUAAAGAUCCGUACAAGAGAAGAUUUAAAUUCUGCACUUUGGAAACUACCAGAACUUCGACUUCGGCAGGAGUAUGUUUCUGAGUCAGACAUUCUCAAUCUUGAUAAGGUCACUUCUAGGCAUUCAGAACAAUUUAUUGACCCUAUUCCAGUAGCCAUGCGAAAUAUCAGGAUCAGAGACCUUAGUCAAGUUGAUAUUGACUGGAAAAUGUUGACCUUAGCACGACCACUGUCCAAAUUGGAAGAAGAUGCUUUUAGCAGGUGA